AUGUCGGCGCUGCGGCAGAGCGCGGGUGGGAGCGCCCCUGGGCUGCCCUCAGCGGGCCUCCCCAGCACUGAGCGUGGAGCAAAGAAUGGGGAGAACUCACGGUCCAAGUCGUCCGGCUCCGGUGGCAAAGAGGAGCUGAACCUGGGCAAGAAGAAGCUGCGAAGGCAAAGGACUCACUUCACCAGCCAGCAGCUGCAGGAGCUGGAGGCCACCUUCCAGCGCAACCGCUACCCAGACCUGAGCACCAGGGAGGAGAUUGCAGGCUGGACCAACCUGGCGGAAUCCAGGAUCAGGGUCUGGUUUAAGAACCGCAGAGCCAAGUGGCGGAAGAAGGAGCGGCACCUGCAGACUGGGCUGUGCAAGGGGGGCCUCGGCCCCCAGCUGAACGGUCUGCCUAGGAGCCCGUAUGAAGACCUCUUCAAUAGCUACUCCAACCACAGCUGGGCCCCCAAGGGCUUCCAGGCCAGCCCCCUCCCCAGCAAAGGCUUCCAGCUCUUCAAUGCUGUGAAUCUCAGUUCCUUCUCCCCACAGGCCACGUUCCCGGGGGUGGCAGCAGCCUCCAUGCCCGGGGUCCCGGCCCUGGAGAACUUCAACAGCCUGGCCGGCCCCACCUACGGACCCGAAGCUUUGCCUUACAUGUACAGGGACCCCUGCAACGCAAGCCUGGCAGGGCUGAGACUCCGGGCAAAGCAGCCCCAGCCCCUUAGCCUCGAGGUCCUGCCAAGCCCAGCUGCGAGCCCCAACCCCUGCCAGUACACACUGGACAGGCCUCAGUGA